AAUCAGCAGGGGUCCAGAAGGUCCUACUACCCAUACCACUCUCUAAAGCCUACUAAUUCAGCAGUGCGUGCUGCUGCUGUGUGGUGCUGUUCGCCUAAGCCAAGGCGCAGAGCAGUUGUGUUCUAUAGUUUGCAUUUCUCUGAUAUAUAUACGGGUUUCGUCCGGCCAUGGCUGCCGCUGCACAGAUCAGCUCAGCUGCUCUCAGGAUCCCGGAGAGGGCUGUCUAUGGCGGCUCGUUCGCCACAUUCUCGGGAUUGUCGGCCGAGAAGACGUUCGCCGCUCGCAUGACUGUCAACGUGCAAGGUCAAGCCCGCCACUCGGCUCUGCUAGUCGAGGCCAGGGAGGCGACUCGGAGAGAGAAGGUCAAGGCGCGCCACUUGCGGAUUCGCAAGAAGCUGAAUGGCACCACGGAGAGGCCACGCCUCGCUGUCUUCCGCUCCAACAACCACAUCUACGCGCAGGUGAUUGACGACACCCAGCAGCACACUCUUGCUGCCGCUUCCACCCUUCUACCCGCCCUUCGUGAGGAGCUGAAGCUGACUUCCGGCCCCACUGUGGAGGCAUCGCGGCGUGUGGGUCAGGAGAUUGCAAAGAUCUGCUUGGAGAGGGGCAUCAGCAAGGUGGCCUUCGACCGUGGCGGUUUCGUGUACCACGGCCGCAUCCAGGCUCUUGCUGAUGGUGCACGUGAGGGCGGGCUUGAGUUCUGAAAAGUGGUUGUGAAUGGUCUGCGGUUGUAUGCACACUAGCUGUAUGGAGCCAAAUCUGUGCUCAUGUGGAAUAAUGCAAAGUUUCCAUAUCGAAUAGAAGGAAGUACAGCCACAAUCAUUUUCUUGAGCUAUUGCAGAUCUGAAGUCAUGUCAUGGCUAUGUCGCAACUGCUCGGUGAGCAAUAUGGGCCUACGCAUUUUGUUCACAUCUU